AGGUCUAUGCAGUAAAAUUGCCUGAUUUCUAUUCUGUUUCCUCACCAUCGAAUACUGAUUCGGUAUUUAAGGAGACCAUCACCAUAAAAACUCUCCCCACUUUGCCCUCUCCCAUUUUCUCAUCUGAAACGCUCCCCACUUUCUCCCUCAGUUCCUUCCAUAUUCCUCUCUUCCAAUUUUUCUGCCUCUUUUUUCUGCUUUCUUUUUCUUUCUCUCAAUAAAGUUUUUCUUUUCCUCUCUUCCAUUUCUUGUUUUUGAUCUAUAAAAUUCCAUCAAUUGCUGGAAAGAGCAAGAGGGUUCUUAGAGGGGGAAUUGAAAUCUAAAUCGAAAACUAAAAAUGUUGAAGGUAAACCGAGUGAUAAACUGGGCACGAGCUUCGAUUUCAAAUUGUCAAUACCUCCUAAGUCAUGACCCAAAGAUUUCCCCUUCACCUCCUCAACAUUUCGCUUCAAAAUCAUCCAUUCGCUUCUUCGAUAUUUACAAGCUUGCAAGCAAGGAACAAGUCGAGAAAGAACGAGCAUGACUGGCAGUGCUGAUGAAUUGAAUAGAGGAUAUUUUGAUGAUAUGUCUAAGCUAAAACAACACGGUGGUAAGCUGGUGGAGUUGCUAGAUAAACCUCUGCACAAAUAUUUCGAGCAGAAUGAUUGCUUGAAUUAUUUCUUUUGUUUCCGCUGGAUUCUGAUACACUUUAAAAGAUACUUUUGGCUUGCCUGGAGUAGCUUAGUUCUUACACUAAAAGCUUGUUGGCUCAACAAGAUGAACAAGUUCACAGUUUUGAGAGACCUCAAUUUUGUUGCAAAAAACCUUGGUGUUGAGUUUUUCAAAGGUACUCUUGUGGUAUAAUAAUCUUACCAUUACUGAUGAUGUGUAGAGUUGAAUGAAUUUUCUAUUAUUUUAUUCAACAAUUAGAAUAAAUUGUAUUUAUCUCUUCGAUAUUGAACCGGUUGGCAAAGCUGUCGAGGGAGUAUUGUUAUAAAGCAUUGGGAUUUGGUGGACAAAGUAGCUAAGCAGAUAAAUUGGCAAUUCCAGGGGAACUUCAAUUACCAAA